CAGCCAUCUGUGCCCGAGAAACCUUAGUCUGUUACCAUCUCACUUCGCUUAAACACAUGUCGGAAUAUAAGUACCUAACAGGUUUUGGUGGGCAUUUCUCGUCCGAGGAUGAGCGCUGCCCCAACUCCCUGCCCGUAGGACAGAACUCGCCCCAGCAAUGCCCGUAUGGCCUCUACGCCGAGCAGCUGUCCGGCUCCGCUUUCACAGCGCCACGUUCCGAGAAUGUGCGCACGUGGCUAUAUAGGAAGUUGCCCAGCGCUGUGCACACGCCCUUCCUGCCGUAUGCAGGGGCCAAGUACCUGAGCCACAAUUGGGAUGAGCAGCCGCCCAAUCCAAAUCAGUUACGUUGGAAACCAUUCGAUUUACCCGGAGCAAAGGAGGAGAGUGUGACCUUUGUCGACGGGCUGCACACGGUUUGUGGUGCGGGCGAUGCAAGAGCUCGCCAUGGCUUGGCCGUGCACGUCUAUCUGUGCAACGCCUCCAUGCACAACUCGGCGUUCUACAACAGCGACGGCGAUUUCCUCAUAGUGCCACAGGAGGGAACUCUGGAUAUCGUGACGGAGCUGGGUCGCAUGGCGGUGUCGCCCAAUGAGAUCUGUGUCAUUCCACAGGGCAUUCGCUUUGCCGUGAAACUGAAGACCCCGUGCAGGGGCUACGUCCUUGAAGUAUUCGAUGGACAUUUCCGCUUGCCCGAUCUGGGUCCGAUUGGGGCCAAUGGUCUGGCCAAUCCUAGAGACUUUGAGACACCAGUUGCCUGGUUUGAUAGCGAGACGUACACGGAGUUCAAUGUCAUUUCCAAGUACCAAGGCAGCUUAUUUGUGGCCAAGCAAAAGCACAGCGUCUUCGACGUAGUUGCCUGGCACGGCAAUUACGUGCCCUAUAAAUACGAUCUUUCGAGGUUUAUGGUCAUCAAUUCGGUUAGCUUCGAUCACUGUGAUCCCAGCAUUUUCACGGUGCUCACCUGCCCGAGCCUGAAGCCCGGCACAGCCAUCGCCGACUUUGUCAUAUUCCCGCCACGCUGGUCUGUGCAGGAGCAUACAUUCCGUCCGCCCUAUUAUCACAGAAACUGCAUGAGCGAGUUCAUGGGCCUCAUACUCGGUCGCUAUGAAGCCAAGGAGGAGGGAUUUGCAGCUGGUGGCGCUACGCUACACUCAAUGAUGACGCCCCACGGUCCGGAUGCCAAUUGCUUUGAAGGCGCCUCCAAGGCUGAACUAAAGCCUGAACGCAUUGCUGAUGGCACUCAGGCCUUCAUGUUCGAGUCGUCGCUUAGCCUGGCUGUGACCAAAUGGGGCGCCGAGACGAGCCAAAAACUGGAUGCUCAGUACUACGAAUGCUGGCAGGCGCUCAAGAACAACUUCAAAUUGGACAAUUGAGCCGCUACACAUGGAUGCUUUAUGGACUAGUGCUAAGACAUUUAUUUAAGUGAGUUUGCAAUAAAUAAAUAAUUGAGUGGCUGACAA